ACAUUUUGUAGUUGGAUUGUCAGUACGGAUGGUGACAUCAUGAAUUUUGCGUGAAAAAAACAGAAAUGCCCCCAAGAUCUCUUCGAAAAUAGCUUGAUUAUCUCAGAAUGUGCAAGAGUGUCUCCCUCAGGAUCCCCAAAGUGUAGUGCCGUUGCCCCCGGACAGUGAGAAAGUGGGGAAAAUUGUGCGAAAAGUGAGUGUUUUGUGGAAGAAGUGCACCUGCAACAAGUGCCACGGAAAGGUAAUCUCUGGGUGUUUUUGGAGAUAGAGGCGUUAGAUAACAGUGGACAGGAUGUCGAGGCAUGAUCGGUCGAAGCCCAGUGGGAUCAUGGAUACACUGUUUGGGCGGCCAAAAUUGCGCGGCAAGACGUCCAGUUCAAAUGGGGGCCGCCCAAUUUCUGAGCCGGAAGGUGAUUUGCAGCAAUUGACGGCCGAAGUGUACAGAAUGACGACAGAGGAGAUCACCCACAAAUUCCUUGACAUCCUGGAGGACAUGAACAUCCCCAAGGACAAGCGACAGCCACUGCUCUUGAAGAGCGUCGAGGAGAAGCGCGAAAUGAUUCUCAUGCAUACCAAGGGCAAAGCCUCAACGGAGAAUCGAACGCAUUCACGUUUUGAAAAGCCAAGGGACUACAUUGAGUACUUACGCGAUCGUGAGCAUCCCUUUCACAAAAUUCAUGCAUGUGUGGAGAAUUUGAGGGUAGCACUAACAAGUAAUCCCAUUAGUUGGAUUAAAGAGUUCGGGGAGGAGGGGAUUGAUGAGCUUGUGAGCCUCUGGCGAGACUUUAAGCCUCAAAAGUGGUUCGAAAAGACAGAAUAUGAGUGCAUUCGAUGCCUCAAAGCCAUCCUCAAUAAUACAUGGGGCCUCAAUGCUAUCAUUGGGCCACAGCAGCAUGCAGCAGUGUUGCUUCUGGCCCAAUGUCUCGAUCCCCGGAAACCACAUACAAUGUGCGAAGCCCUCAAACUUCUCGCUGGUCUCUGUUUGAUUCCCGAGAGAAAUGGCUACGACAAAGUUCUGAGAGCGAUCACAAAUGCUGCUGCAACUGUGGACAAGACGGGAGAACGAUUCAGAUGUAUUGUGGAAGGCAUAUUUGUUGAGCACGAUGCCAAUGAUACAAAGCGGGAAUUGUGCUAUCUGUGUCUCAUGUUCUUCAACACCAUCCUCAAUUCUCCGGACCUCAAUUUUCGCCUGCAUCUUCGGUGUGAGAUCAUGCGAACGGGACUGUAUGAGAGGAUGGAAUUGCUCGCGGACAUUGUCGAGAAUAGCAAUAUGGACAGUUUGAAGAAGCACUACAAGAUCUUCAAUGAUGCCCGUGAGGAUGAUUCUGAGGAGUUCAGUCAGCGCUUUGACAAUGUUCGACUAGAGUUGGAUGAUAUGAAUGAUUGUUAUGAACUUGUGAAGAAUAUCGUGUCGGAUACAUCGGCAGAACCCUAUUUUCUGUCCAUUCUGCAGCAUUUGCUGUUCAUUCGCGAUGACCAUGAGUAUCGGCCGGCGUAUUUUCAGUUGAUUGAGGAAUGCGUAUCCCAGAUAGUUUUCUUCAAGAAUGGCUGUGAUCCCAAUUUCAAUUCGCGGGACUUUCACAUAAAUGUGGAUAUGUUGCUGGAUGAUCAGGUGGAGAAGUCCAAGCAGAAGGAUCAACGGAGGAAUGAGGAGUAUGAGAAGAAGAUUGAGGCACUUGAGACGGCUAAGCAGGAGGCGGAAGCACAUGCGGCGACGCUCAUGGAGAAGAUAAAGUCAUAUGAGGAAUCGGGAGUGGUGCCAGUGGUGCAGAGUAAAUUGCCGGAUAUCAAAAUACCACCACCUCCGCCGCCGCCGAUGCAGAAGCUGCAGCCGGGGGCACCUCCGCCGCCACCACCGCCUCCGGGUGCUCCACGUGGCGGAGGUCCUCCUCCGCCGCCUCCGCCGCCCGGUAUGGGGCCUCCACCACCGCCGCCACCACCUGGAAUGGGUCCUCCACCGCCUCCCAUGGGCGGCAUCGGGUUUCCGCCACCCGCGAAGGUUCUCGUGCUGCCGCAUGGCCUCAAGCCCAAGAAGAAAUGGGACGUCGAUGGACCCAUCAAAAGGGCCAAUUGGCAGGUCAUCACUCCCGCCAAAAUGUCCGAAAAGGCCUUCUGGGUGAAGUGCAAGGAAGACAGAUUGGCGUCAGAAGAUAUCUUCUUGGGACUCUCCAGCAAAUUCACCUCAAAGCCCGUCAAGAAGAUGGACAAAGACACAAUGGAUAAAGCACCGACGACAAAGAAGAAUGUGGUUGAUUUGAGGGUAUUGGAUGGGAAAUCUGCCCAGAAUAUUGCCAUUCUCUUGGGUGGUUCUCUAAAGCAUCUUUCCUAUGAUCAAAUUAAGCUUUGCUUGUUGCGCUGCGAUACCUCAAUUCUCACAUCAAAUAUCCUUCAGCAACUCAUUCAGUACUUACCACCACCGGAUCAGCUGAAGCGUCUGCAGGAUCUCAAGGCCAAGAAGGAAGAGUUAACGGGAGUGGAGGAUUUUGCAGCGACAAUUGGUGAGAUUAAGCGACUGAGUCCGAGGUUGCACAGUUUGAAUUUUAGGCUGCAAUUUAGCGAUAUGGUGCAGGAUGUGAAGCCGGACAUUGUGGCUGGGACGGCGGCAUGUGAAGAGGUGAAGGAGAGUGCCAAAUUUGCCAAGAUACUCGAAUUGAUCCUACUAAUGGGGAAUUAUAUGAAUUCUGGGACGAAGAAUGAACAAGCUUUUGGCUUUGAGAUGAGUUUCCUCACAAAAUUGAGCAGCACGAAAGACUACGAAAAUAAACAGACAUUGUUGCAUUUUGUGGUUGAUGUGGUUGAGAAGAAAUUCCCAGAGGCCCUGGCAUUGGAUAAGGAUCUGUCGCAUGUGGAUAAGGCGUGUAGGGUGAGCAUGGAGAAUAUUCAGAAGACAAUGCGUCAGAUGAAUGCCUCACUGAAGAAUCUCGAUUCGGAUUUGACCAAUAAUAAAUUGCCACAGAGUGAUGAUGAUAAAUUUAGUGAGGUUAUGGGACAAUUUGCGCAAGAAUGCCGAAAGACUGUGGAGGUUUUGGGGAAGAUGCAAGUGCACAUGGAGGCGCUAUUUAAGGAUUUGGCUGAUUACUAUACAUUUGAUCCGGCCAAGUAUACCAUGGAGGAAUUUUUUGCCGAUAUCAAAACCUUCAAGGAUGCCUUCCUGCAGGCCUAUGCGGAUAACAUUAGGAUCCGGGAGGAGGAAGAAAAGGCCAGGAGGCAACGGGAGGCAAGGGAACAGGCUGCCCUGGAUGCACAAGAACGGAAGAUGCGUCAGCAGGCUGUGGUGGAUAUUGACAAUCCUCAGACUCAGGAGGGUGUCAUGGAUAGUCUCCUGGAGGCCCUACAGACGGGAUCGGCCUUUGGGAAUCGCGAUCAGAGGCGGAAACGUGGUCCACGGCCAGCUGGAGCUGAAAGGAGAGCUCAACUCAGUCGGAGUCGAUCGAGGACACGUGUGGCUCCCGGAAGUCUCAUUACAAGGGAAAUGCUCAAUGAUAUCAUGUCGUGAUCCAAGAGUUUCAACGGACAGUGUAUUAUUUCUUGUUGCAUUUUUUUCAAUCGUUCUAAAAGCGCACAUCUUUUUUUUUAACACUCACACUCACCUCCACGCCUUCUACCACAAAAAAAAACCGCCAAAUUCAUCAGAAAGUCUUCCAAGAAGUGAAUCAAAAGCAAAAAACAGCAGUCAAUUAAAAAAAAACACGUCUUUCGCAUCAUAGAUUUUUAUUGUAUUUUUCUGUUCUUUUAUUAGAAUGAGCGAAAAAGAAACGAAUAAAGAAAGAACCUUUUUUGAAAAUGUGUAAUUUACAUCAAAUAUUGUAUGAAUUUAGUUACUAUUAUUAAAUACAUUCAAGUUUUUUUUUUUAAAAAGAGUGAUUUCAUUUCCACUUGGAUUUUUUUUGUUUUUUUGAUUUUUAGAGAAAUUUAUUUUAUAGGAAUUUAUGGUUGAUUGCUGUUGGGGAGUUGCAAUAUUCUCUGAAAGUUAGAAAUAUUAUUUUUUGCUUUAUUUUUUUAAAUUCUAUUCUAUAUUUUUUUAAAAUUCUAUUGGAUUAUAUUUUACUAGAAAAAAAAGUGACAUUUCUCCUUGGACAGGAACCUUUUUGGUCGAAGGUUUGAAUCCCUGGAAAAGAAAAUUUGUUAAUUCACAGAAAUAUUUUGUUAUUAUUAUAGAAAAAAGAGUCUCCAUUGAGGCUGCUUCGAGAAUCUCUCGAUUUCCCUGUAAGGAAAAUUCAUUAUAGAAAAUCUAUUGACUACAAAUUCAGCAACGCCAUCUAUUGGGGUUGUUUCUGCAAAUUUCCAAAGACACACACCACCAACCUAAAAUUCUCAAAUGUUCGUUAAAGAGAGAGAAAAAUAAAGUUCUUUUGUGUACUUUCCACGGCAUUCCAACAUCUCUGCAACAAAAUACAAAGUUUUUUGCUGCAUCCUCUCUCUACAAAAAUAUCCAAAUUCAUUCAAUAAAAAUUCACCUCGGCGCAGAAAUCCAUCAUAAACUUAUUGGUGUUUUUUU